AUGGCCACACAACAAGCCAACAGAUACACCCGGCGCGAGAUCGAAGCAGCAGAGGCAUUGGUAUCAUUCCACUACAAGACAGUGGAGUUUGUUGGUCCUCGAGAGGUAGCGACCUCUCACCAACUGCACCCUGUCAUGGUGCCUCGCACUCCCGCUGCCGCCCAAAGCCCAGAUCGACAACAGAUGCCCCCGCCACCGCUGCCACUACCACGACCGUUUCAAGCGUCUCGGCAAGUCCAACAUGGCCAAGUGCCAUCCCAGAGACACGGUGGUCAGGUGUACGGACAGGCACCGGCGCUGCCUCCCCCAGCUCCAGUGCCGCACCUGCACCGAGUUCCGGUCCAGGGACAAGGAGCGCAGUACGGCCCGGGUCAAGGUCAAGCACCGGGCUCCGCCACCAUCCACAGUCAGUAUGCGGCCAUGGCGCGGCCCUCGCCUCCUGCUCCAGCAGCAUCACCGUCACCUGCACCACGUCAAGAGCAAGGUCCUGCAGCGCGGCCUAGAGCCCAGCCAGGAUACUCGUACCGCUGUUACAUGUGCGACCACACCAUCCAGAAUCGGUUGGGGCCGAUGGUCAAUCACAUGGUCAACAAGCACGGUGUCACCAGAGAGAACGUCGACAUGGCGCGGCUCGAGGACACAAAGGUGCAGAUGCUGUGGUGA